AUGAUGCUCCUCCGUCUUCCGUCAAACAUGCACAUGCCCGUGACCAUAUCCCAAGUCGACCUGACCCUCUCCACACUCCCCUCAGCAUCUUCGACUCUCUUGUCGUUGCUCGCCUCCCUCGUCUUGCUCGCCUUCAUCCGCGCUGCUUUUCUGUUCAUGCGCUCCCAACCGUCGCCCUUAAAGCCAGGUCCUGGACCGCAAGAAGAUCAAAAAUUGCGUUCUCGACCUCAAUCGUCAUUUGGGUGGGGCCUCAUCACAUGGGAUAGUCUGCCAGCGCCGCCGCUGUCUCUUGCCGCUGCAAGCGCCUUAAUAAUAGGGAACGGUGUAGGAAUGGGUGUGGGUGUCGCAACUGGUAAAUCAUCUUGGCAGCACCAAAAUCGUGUGCCUGGGCCGACGUUUGAGCACCCCACGCCGGGGCUGUAUCAAACGGAUGUCCCUGUAUCGAUGGCUAAGAUGAUCAUGUCCAGACAUACCGGCGACACCCCAGAUCCAGGUAUCGCGCCGCCCGCCAUCGAUGGUCUAGAUUCUAGAGCCCCACCAACCAUCGAUUUUGUUUUUUUUAUUCUUUCGAUGUUUCUUAUUUUGGCAUGGUUCUGCACGGACAUGUUUUUGGGUUCUGCAUGGACAUGUUUUUAUCAUUAUUGCCCCUCGGUGUCGUACUACCCGCACCAUCCACGCCCUCCCCGCGCUACCCCCCCUUACCUCUCUUGGAAAGAAGCAAAGAACCGCGUUGCUCAAUCAAAUCAAACAAACGUCUACAUCUCUCACCAAUCAAACCACGAAAAGCUCAUCCCGCAUGCUCACGCCGCAAUGAUAUGCACGAUUCAUGAAUCAUGUUAUAUGACCACUGUGGACCCCCCACGUCCCGCCCAUGCUGCUCAACCCCGCCCAUGA